ACUCAUUUCGAGUCCAAAAAUAACGUCGACAGAGAAGUUGUGUUUCUCUCCCCCCCGAUGUUUUCUUCAAUACGCUGAACCUCAAUCUAUGAAAUAAGACAGUCUGCAAAAGUCAUCAGUUAUAUCUUUGGUAUGAAACAAUUUCCAUAUAGAUAGAUAGAAAUAUUUAUUAAAUCGUAACACAGCAUUAUGCUUGAAUGUCAUUUGUUUCCAUUUUAAAUGGGAAGUCCCCCCCCCCCCUUUUUGACAUGAACAAUACAACUAAAAAAACAAAUGUCAUUUGUUUCCAUUUUCAAUGGGAAGUCCCCCCCCCCCCUUUUGACAUGAACAAUACGACUAAAAAAACAAACAUUUUAUGGAUCAGAUAUCGCCCCUAGGAAUUACUCUGUCGUAAAUAGUCGGUGAACUAUGAACUUGGGAAAUGUCAUUUACUUAUACAAAUUGUCAUUUUUUACUGCAAAUUUCUUAAAUAUUCAUUCAUCUGAUUCUGGAUUAUUAUUAAGUACUUGAUUUAACAGAGUCGGUUCGAUGCCUGAAAUAAAGCUGGCUGAGGGUCAAUAGCCUUUCCCUAUCACAAGAAAUCCGCAUCUUUGUAAAUUUUAAUUUAUGUGCCCCCACCUAUAUCAGUAAACUGCUAAACUAAAAGACAGAUUGUCAGAAGGAUACAUGGUUAUUUAUAUGCAUAAAUAAUAAUAAAUUGAUUGAUGAACGGAUUUAUUGAUGAAUGGGUGGAUGGAUGAAUGAAUGGAUUUAUUGAUGGAUGGAUGGAUGCAUGCAUGGAUGAAUGGAUGAAUGGAUGGAUGUAUUGAUGGAUGAUAAUCUGAAUAAAAAGAUGGAUGAAUGGAUGGAUAGAUGAAUGAAAGCAUGGAUUGAUAUAAUAAUGUAUGGAUGGAUUGAUGGAUGGAUGAAUGAAUGUAGGGAUGAAUGAAUGAAUGGAUUCAUGGAUAGUUUGAGCUUCAGAUGAUGAGAUUUGUUUAAUUGCGGUCUAUUUAAGGUGAGAAAACAUCAGUAUCUUCUCCAACACAGCCGUCUUACCAGGGAGUUGCUAUCUAUUUUUCGUGACAUCUGCAAUGGAAGGGAAAGACGUCAGCGAAAAUGGUAAGAGUGAGGUACUACUAUCUAGCGCCCGGUUAGAGUGAGCUAACCAUUCAGUCGCCAUGUUAGAGUGAGCUAACCAGUUCUGUCAACAUGUGAGACCGGACUAACCGGUUCUGUCACCAAGUAGGACAGAGCUCAACUAGUUAUAGAGCCUCGUUCGUGUGAGCUAACCAGUUCUGCCGCCAUGUAAGAUCACCGAGGCCUGAUCGAAGUGUAGUUUUAGCUACUUCGACUGCGACGAAAGCCUACAGUACCUCCCAUGUUUAGACCACUGAUAAUCGUCUAAGGUCCUAGUCUCUAAACUUACCAUAGAGACAGCUUCUCUUUUCAUUUCCCGAGCAGUCAAUUACCGAGCAGUCAAUUCCUGAGCAGUCAAUUCUUGAGUAGUCGAUUCAUGAGUAGUUAAUUCUCAUAUAAUUGUGAGUAAGAUAAAAUUAUGCUAGAGAAAAGAAUAAAAUGCAAUAGAUUGUGUAGAAUAAAUAUUAUUCAUAUGUUUCAUUUAAAACAGAAUCUAAAGUAAAUUUAAACCAGUUCCAUAUGAAAUGGAAUUAAAUCAAUUGAAUUAUAAUUUCCAAUACAAGGAAUUGCUUGAUCAUAGUGGUGUAACUAGGUUGGGGGGGGGGGCGAAAGCGCUACAUCUUAAAGCGGAAAUUUUGGGCUAAUAUUUAACAGAAUAUAAAUUGUGAGCUUGUGUGUGUGAAGGAGGAGGGAGGGGGUGGGGCGCACUUUUGGGACUUUGCCCCUAGCUACAUUCUGUCAAGGUGCGCCUUCGUGGGAUAAUUGUUUAAAAAAUACUUUCACAUUAAGAUAAUUUUCACUUUAAUUUGAGAUGCCCCCAUUGAAUGUAGCUAUUUUCACUUUAAUUUGAGAUGCCCCCAUUGAAUGAAGCUAUUUUCACCUUGACUUUUGAUGCCCCCAUUGAAUGAAGCUAUUUUCACUUUAUUUUGAGAUGCCCCCAUUGAAUGUAGCUAUUUUCACUUAAAUUUGAGAUGCCCCCAUUGAAUGAAGCUAUUUUCACCUUGACUUGAGAUGCCCCCAUUGAAUGAAGCUAUUUUCACUUUAAUUUUAGAUGCCCCCAUUGAAUGAAGCUAAUUUCACCUUGACUUGAGAUGCCCCCCUUUGAAUGAAGCUAUUUUCAACUUGACUUGAGAUGCCCCCUUUGAAUGUGGCUAAUUUCACAUUGACUUGAGAUGCCCCCAUUGAAUGAAGCUAUUUUCACUUUAAUUUGAGAUGCCCCCAUUGAAUGUAGCUACUUUACCCUUGACUUGAGAUGCCCCCAUUGAAUGAAGCUAUUUUCACUUUAAUUUGAGAUGCCCCCAUUGAAUGUAGCUACUUUCCCCUUGACUUGAGAUGCCCCCAUUGAAUGAAGCUAUUUUCACUUUAAUUUGAGAUGCCCCCAUUGAAUGUAGCUACUUUCCCCUUGACUUGAGAUGCCCCCAUUGAAUGAAGCUAUUUUCACUUUAAUUUGAGAUGCCCCCAUUGAAUGUAGCUACUUUCCCCUUGACUUGAGAUGCCCCCAUUGAAUGAAGCUAUUUUCACUUUAAUUUGAGAUGCCCCCAUUGAAUGUAGCUACUUUCCCCUUGACUUGAGAUGCCCCCAUUGAAUGAAGCUAUUUUCACUUUAAUUUGAGAUGCCCCCAUUGAAUGUAGCUACUUUCCCCUUGACUUGAGAUGCCCCCAUUGAAUGUAGCUACUUUCCCCUUGACUUGAGAUGCCCCCAUUGAAUGAAGCUAUUUUCACUUUAUUUUGAGAUGCCCCCAUUGAAUGUAGCUACUUUUUUUCUAAAUGAUUUCAUUCUUAAGCUGACGAUCUGUGCGCCAAGGCGCUGUUCCAUAUUGGUGGCUACAGGAAGACAGAUAACCACACGUUGAUAUGUGCCCAUGGCUGCUGUGGGACUGAGGACUUCAAGUAUUGCUGUUUUAAAGAGUGAGUUACAAACACCAGUGGCAUAGCUAGGGGGUUGCGGACCGCACCGAUUCACACCAACCCUGGCUACGCCACCGAUGAAACAUCAAACAUUUUACUUUUAAGCUUUUGCUUGUAAAAAAUAUACACCCCCACCCACAUCUCCCAAAUAAAACAAACAAACAACAGCAACAACAAAAAAAAGAAAAAAAAUUGUUUACUUAAGUAAGUCACAUAAAUAUUACAGUUAACUCCUGCAGUCACAAUCAUUGUGUUAAUAAGUUGAACUGAUGACAUUCCAACCUAGUUCUUAUGCUGUCCCUGAUUUUGCAUCCCGUUGAGCUGCUGUAAGCGUGGAGACAAUUAUUUCUUGACAGGAUCCACGAAAACAAAAUCAUUUCCAGUAAAUUUGGGCUUCUUACAUAAUGGACUGUUCUUAAAGUGAAAGAAGAAAACUGCAGAGCUGCGCAUUACAAAGUCAUGCGAUAAAUUAAUUCGACUCACACUGAUAUGUGUUUCAGUAACCCACAUAAAAUGCUCAAAGCGUUUUUAAAUUUUAACUCUUGAUGGUGCAUAAAAUAAAUUUAUUGAUGAAAGUACUCAGCCAACAAAUGGGAUGUACUAUAUCUUCUCAAUGUACUUAUUGAUGAAACUACUCGGCCAACAAAUCGGAUGUGCUGUAUCGUCUGAAUGAGUUUAUUGAUGAAAGUACUCGGCAAGCAAAUGGGAUAUGAUAUAUUUUCUGAAUAUACUUAUUGAUGAAAGCACUUCCCCAUCUUAGGGGAUGUACUAUAUCUUCCGAAUGUACUUAUUGAUGAAAGCAUUUGGCCAGCUUCUGGGGUGUGCUAUGUCUUCUGAAUGUACUAAACACGAUUGUAUUGUGCUAUUGCCAUUUAUUUAAUCUGGCUAAUGCUUAUUUAGUAUGACUGAAAAAGAAUGCCGUGUGCCAAUCCAUUGUCUGUCUAUGCCAAUCCAUUGUCUGUCUCCUCGAAUCCACUGACUGUUUCCUCCAAUCCACUGACUGUCUCUGCCAAUCCACUGACUGUCACUGCCAAUAUAUGUUUCGUAGAAAUGCCCACUGUUUAACAUGAGGGCUAUGAGAACUCAUCUGUUACAUUGUUGACAGGUCCACCAUCGUCGUGGCCGUCAUCGUAACCAGUAUGGCGGCAAUCACUGUGUUCGUCCUAGUGGUGAACCUACUCUUGAAGUGUAAGAGACGCAGUCGAGCUCCCCAAACCAUGUCUUUUGUGAAGACCAUCAGUGGUAAGAUUUCGAUAGGAUGUGUAUUCAUUGUCUUAACUAAUGUAAAACAAUAACUGUCUUUUUAAGUCUCCAAGAAAAUUAUGGGGAAGAUUUACACUUGUCCAUUAGCUUGCUGUCACUUGUCAAUAUGUUUGAUGUCACUUGUCAGUUAGCUUGCUGUCACUUGUCGAUUAGCUUGCUGUUAUUUGUCGAUAAGUGUAAUGUAAAAAUACAGUUUUUAUUAACUCGCAAGUAUGGUGACAAGCUGUUCCGUACCUUUCUCCUCAUUGCAUUGACUUUCUCAUCAAGCCUCUUGGCCUAGAAACGCUUGCUGUUCAAUUACGCUGCACAUUUAACAUCAAGUACGGAAAACGAUUUAUCAUUUUGUUAGUUGACUUUUUGUCACACUUGUAAUGUGGCUAGACCAAUGGUCGGCAAACUCAUUAGUCUGUUCUGAUUACCGACCACUUGGGUUAGACUCAUCAUCAGCCUUACGAAUUCAGGCGUUUGUAACGAGCGGUAGUCUCCCUCCUCAUUACGGCUAUCGCGGUGCAUAACCUGGAAGCUUUUGAGCUUUCUCCACUGGGUGCUGAGGAGUGAGUGAACGGCAGGAUUAAUAUUUAUGACCAUAUUGAACAAGAUAUUCCCAAAGAGCUCCAACCUUAAAGAUAAGCCCGAACUUAACGUAUACAGGAUAUGCGUGUUGAACCUUGUAACUUAAAGAGGAGUGGGCCACUUACAUGAGCCAUAAGCAGAAAAACAACGGUCAUAACCUACGAUAUCGGUGGGGGGCAUGCAGUGGUUUCUGUCAUGUGCCUACAUAUGCAGCAAAGUGUCUACAUGUGCAGCAAACUAUUCACUCCUAGCGAGAGACGCAUUCGUUGGCUCAGCCCGUCAAGAGAAAAGACUCAAAGCCACAAUCUCAAAGACUUGGGCACAUUUUCCUGAGGAUCCACUGGAUGAUCACAUCUUCAGCACAAGACGGGGCUCAAGAUAGAUUCAGCAUAAGGACCACCAGGAUGAAUGCCAAUGACUCACAGCGCAGUGGUGGAAAUAGUUUUGGCUGUCACCUUGCUGUCAAACAAGACCGAUGGGGUUACGAAAUGCUAUCUUUGCAUGAUGAGGGGCCAAACUUUCACGUUGAUCACGGGGACGUGGACCAGGCGCUCCCACGUGCACCAGGCAGUGCCACAUGCACCAGGCGCUGCCACAUGCACCACGCACUGCCACAUGCACCACGCACUGCCACAUGCACCAGGCGCUGCUACAUUCACCAGGCGCUGCCACGUGCACCAGGCGCUGCCAAAUCCACCAGGCGCUGCCACAUGCACCAGGCGCUGCCACAUGCACCAGACGCUGCCACAUGCACCCAGGCACUGCCACAUGCACCACGCACUGCCACAUGCACCAGGCGCUGCCACAUGCACCAGGCGCUGCCACUUCUAGGGCACUCUCAAGCCGGUGGCGUAGGUGCAGACCGUAAGAUGUGACAUUAUUCACAAAUUGCUUAGCCUUGCCGCCCCCACCAUGCUAUUUGUAUUUUUCUUGCCAUUGUAUUGUGAUAUGUAUUGAUAUAGUUUUUUUUUUUUUGGUAUUAUAAUUCGUUUUUUUUUUGUGCUAAUCUUUAUUGCAUCUUAAACUUUACUGAGGCCCCCCCCCCCUCUACCUUUUUCCCACAGAUGUUCACAAGAGUUAUCCGUCACCAAUGGUCAACCCGCACUGGAACACAGCCUAUAUCGGAGCCCCGUACUCCUAUAUUACACAGGUUCCAGUGUAUCCGUACCCACAUUUGCCGGACCCAUACUACCCACCAUCUGAAGGGGUCCACAAGAUGAUGCAUUAUCCACUGACGCCUGUAUGAGUCAGAGAAACUAUUUUUUUUUUUUAAAAACAAACAACAUUGCUGUUGAAUUCAUAGA